AUGGCCCAACCUUUUGGUGCAAGGAAAAAUAAACAAAAAAAAGUUGAACCAUUUGAAAAUGAAGCUAAGGAGCUAUUUCCCCCAGAAGAAAUUGAAAAGUAUAAACUCUUCUUCGACGAAAACUUCAACCUUGCAACUAAAAAAGAACCAGCAGAUAGAAUGAAAAUUAGAGAACUUGGAAUUGUUCUUCGCAGUUUAAAAUUAUAUCCUACAGAAGCGGAGUUAAUGGAUAUGAUGGAGGAAAUGGAUCCAGAAAAUACAGGUUUUCUAGCGUUCUUUCCCCUGCUUAUACUUAUUCAUCGUAAGAUGGAAACCACUAACGAAGACGAGAUUUUUCAGGCAUUUAAAGUAUUCGAUGAAGAUCAAGAUGGAACCAUACUGUUAGAAGAGUUGAGACAGGGACUGUGUAAGGUGGGAGAAAAAUUAAGUUAUUUAGAAUGGAAGGAAUUGGAGAAACAAACAUUGAAACAUGCUAAAGCUGAGGAAAUAGAGGAAGCCUUUCAAUAUCAACAGUUUGUUGAUAAAAUGACCGCUGAAAAGAAGAAGAAAAAAGGGAAAAAGGGGAAGAAAAAAUAA